CUGUUCAACACUCAGGCCCAAAGUCUGCUCCUGAUGACCUCGGUGGCCAUGCCUGUGUUCAGCAAGAAGAAAGAGACUCUGUCUCAUGGGAUCCUGCUAGGAGUGGUAGGAACUGAUGUGGCUUUGAGAGAACUGAUGAGAUUAGCGCCAAGAUACAAGCUGGGUGUCCAUGGUUAUGCCUACCUCAUCACCAAUAAUGGCUACAUCUUGUCUCAUCCUGACCUACGACCUCUGUAUAAGGAGGGGAAGAAGCUAAAGCCCAAACCCAACUAUAACAGUGUUGAUCUGUCAGAGGUGGAAUGGGAAGACACUGAGGAGAAAGUGA